AUGACGUGCCGCUGUCAACAGGGGCCGUGGCGGGACGGCCGCCUCAGCGACUCUGACGGCAGCCGCGACGCUUUUGACGGCGCCGGCUACGAUGACGCUACGCCGUUCAUUUCGCCGUCAGAACAUUCGCUCCGUUCCGGGGCGCCCUUCCGCGCGCCCUUGAGAUUUGGCGGCGUGCGCCACCUGCGCCUGCUGUUGCUGGCGCUCGUUAUCGCCGCGGCGGACCUCCUCUUCCCUGCCUGCUCCUGGCGCAGCUUCCGCCUGCUACGCGCGGGGGGGGGAGACUUUCCGCCCACGGGGAACGGAGAUGCCUUAGCCCCGCCCUCGCCGUUGACUCCGUUGAACGAGUCAUAUGGCCACGUCAGCUGCUCCCUCACUGCCCUCCGACGUCUCAGCAGCAUGCUCUCCCUCCCCUCGCCAUCCCCACACCUCCCCUUCUUCGCAUUGCUCCUUCCUCCCCUCCACCCUACAUCCUCCCCACUACUGGUACCACCACCAGCCACAGCACCACUGGCAGCACCACUGGCAGCACCACUGGCAGCAUCAUCGCCAGCACCAGCGCCAGCACCGGAACGUGCGCCUCCUCCUCCGCUCCCCCCCAUUCCUGCUGCCGCCUCCCCUGCUCUGUCUCCCCUUCCUCCACCCCCCCCUGCCCUGACUCCUUCUGCCCCACCCCCAUUCCUCUCUCCCAUCGCUCCCCACUCCUCAGCAUCCCCACUUCCUCCGCCUCUCCCUACCCUCUCUCCCCCGCCACCGCCCCUCGCCGCCUGCCCGCUGUCCCGCCUCUAUCUGCCACAAGCCGUGGCAGCCGCAGCAGGGGAUGGCGCCAACGCAAUAGCAGCAGCAGCACCAGGGGUUAGUGCUAAUGCGUCUACCCCAACAGCAACAGCAGCAGCAGUAGCGCCUCCCUUACAGUGGACGCCCCAGGCGCACAAGUACAUUCUCAUGCACUGCGACAGCGGCCAGAUCAGCAACUGGGUGCACUGCAUUCGCAUGCACCUCCUCUUUGCCGGUCUGCUCAGCCGCACGCUCCUUGUCAACGCCCUGCCAUCGGAGACCAAGCGAGCCUACAACUACUCUCUCCUCUUCGACAUCUCGCAUGCACGGCAGUGCUACGGGCCCACCUCUGUACAGACCACUGAGGAAUACUAUAACGAGUAUGGAAAAAAGGUGGAGCUGGAUCGAGUGCUGUGCUGGAGGUACGGGUCGAUACCCGCUACAGCGCGCGAUAUGAAGACCUUUGUGCAUAUACCCGACGAUGUGAAUAUUAAAGGCCACGUUUCGAAAUCAGCGUCGGGUACACUCAAGAAGUUUCAUACUUUCUUCAAUUCGCAUACGGGCCAUGCUGAUGUGAUAUUACUGGGGGAUUUAUACAGCUACCCCUCUUUUGAAGGCUUGGAGCACCCCUUGGCUUGGGGCGACCUUCCUUUUCAACGCCUGCCCGGCUGCCUGAGCACACUCGCUGUGCAGCCAGACGCACGGAUUGUCCAGGCAGCUGAAGACUUCGUCGAUGAGAAAUUCGGGCAGAAGCCUUUCUUGAGCCUGCACAUGAGGGCGGGGGACCUGCGGGCGAGCUGUGAGCGGCAGCAGCUGGACGUGGGGUGCCGGCUGGGGCCCCACCAGGUGGUGGCGUGCGUCAAGAGGAAGCUCAGAGUGCACCGGCUGAUGAGCCUUUUUAUUGCAACGAAUGCUGGCCACUCGGAGGUGCAGCAGGUGAAGCAGUUGUUUCAAGGCAGAGACCCCGCCCCACCACCUCCCCCAGGAGCACCCAUCCUCCCCCCCGGCCUUACCACCCAAGUGGUAACCGGCGUGCACGGUUGGCCGGGGCUGAAGCGGUGGUUCGGGGCACUGGAUGAGACACAGUUGAAGCAGGUAGAGGCGGAGGUGGAAAAGGUGGUGGCGGUGCGAGGCACUGUGUUCCAAGGCACAUGCACGUCAACGUUCUCCCUGGACGUUGAGAGAAUGAGGCUGGCCUUGGGAAGAGGUAGCUGCCAUGACUCGUUUGUGUGUGAUGAGGAGAUCGCGGCGGGGGAGGUGGUGAAUGAGUCGGAGAGGAAAGGGUGCCGCACGGAGUUUCUGUUCUGGUAG